GGAAGUGUAGCGUUGCCAUGGCGAGGGCCGGGCGCGGUGCCCGCCCCCGCAGCGCCUCAGGGAGCGCGGGGCCCACUGACCCGCGGAAGCCAGCGGACUCACUUGCGCGGCGGUCGGCGCGGGGCGCGAGGUGCUGGCACACAGGUGAGGAGUCAUAGAAGAGGGGCCUGCAGAUUGUGCUCUCAGCAAGCCUGUCGUCUAGUGGAAGACACUGGCCGGGACACAGAGUCCACGUGUGGACACCGCUGUGGGUUGGUGGCAGGGGUCGAGAAGGUGCCAUCAGGCACAUGAACGGUGGAGUCUUCAAAGGUGUGAGCAGCUGCCGGAAGGGGAGGUGCUCCUGAAGACACUGCGGCCGGCCCGCCUGUGCCCUUGGUGCCCUGGCUGCCUAGAGAGCCUCACCCCUGAGCCCUGGGGCCAGGACUCCAGGACUCUGACCACCUGCCCUCCCCCAGCCUCAGCGGCUGCACCUCCUCAUUAGUACUGAUGCACUGACCUCGGCACACAGCUGGGAGGGGUUGGGGGGCUGGGUCAUGGCUGCUCCCAGGCCCCACCCAGGCUCCUGAGCCUAGAAGGUGAAAAGAGGGCUCCAGGGGCUCACAGGGGCUCUCACUGCUGAUUGGCCCUGCCCUCCCUUCCCCCCUCAGCGAGGUGCCAGGAAGCUGGAACCUUGUUAUCUGGGUAAUUAGUUUCAGACCCUGGACUGAGGCCGGCCAGGUCUCGGGGCUGCCUCCCAUAGGUUGUGCACCCUGACCCCGAGAGGGAGGCGAGGCGCUGCUGGUCGACAGCUAGAGGCUGGCCUGGGGAGCAGGUUUGGGGUGCCCUCCCACACUGCCCUCCCUGCCCCAGCCCGUGCCCCCCAGGGCUGCCUGGGCCUAGUUAUCGUGUGGGGCCUCCUGACCCAGCCAAGGGCACGGAGUUUUGGGAAGGGGAUGCCCCCGAGGGUGCCAGUCCAGCCAGCUGCCCCACCCCUCAGGCCCAGCCUGGCCCCCAAGCUCCCCACUCUGGUGCCCCGAGCAGCCUUGUGGGCAAGCAGCCGCCGCCAUGGCCGAGCACCUGGAGCUGCUGGCAGAGAUGCCCAUGGUGGGCAGGAUGAGCACGCAGGAGCGGCUGAAGCAUGCCCAGAAGCGGCGCGCCCAGCAGGUGAAGAUGUGGGCCCAGGCUGAGAAGGAGGCCCAGGGCAAGAAGGGUCCUGGGGAGCGUCCCCGGAAGGAGGCAGCCAGCCAAGGGCCCCUGAAGCAGGUCCUCUUCCCUCCCAGUGUUGUCCUUCUGGAGGCUGCUGCCCGAAAUGACCUGGAAGAAGUCCGCCAGUUCCUUGGGAGUGGGGUCAGCCCUGACUUGGCCAAUGAGGACGGCCUGACGGCCCUGCACCAGUGCUGCAUCGAUGAUUUCCGAGAGAUGGUGCAGCAGCUCCUGGAGGCUGGGGCCAACAUCAAUGCCUGUGACAGUGAGUGCUGGACGCCUCUGCAUGCUGCGGCCACCUGCGGCCACCUGCACCUGGUGGAGCUGCUCAUCGCCAGUGGCGCCAAUCUCCUGGCGGUCAACACCGACGGGAACAUGCCCUAUGACCUGUGUGAUGAUGACCAGACGCUGGACUGCCUGGAGACUGCCAUGGCCGACCGUGGCAUCACCCAGGACAGCAUCGAGGCCGCCCGGGCCGUGCCAGAACUGCGCAUGCUGGAUGACAUCCGGAGCCGGCUGCAGGCCGGGGCAGACCUCCAUGCCCCCCUGGACCACGGGGCCACGCUGCUGCACAUCGCAGCCGCCAACGGGUUCAGCGACGCGGCCGCCCUGCUGCUGGAACACAGAGCCAGCCUGAGCGCUAAGGACCAAGACGGCUGGGAGCCGCUGCACGCCGCGGCCUACUGGGGCCAGGUGCCCCUGGUGGAGCUGCUCGUGGCGCACGGGGCCGACCUGAACGCAAAGUCUCUGAUGGACGAGACGCCCCUUGAUGUGUGCGGGGACGAGGAGGUGCGGGCCAAGCUGCUGGAGCUGAAGCACAAGCACGACGCCCUCCUGCGCGCCCAGGGCCGCCAGCGCUGCUUGCUGCGCCGCCGCACCUCCAGCGCCGGCAGCCGCGGGAAAGUGGUGAGGCGGGUGAGCCUAACCCAGCGCACCGACCUGUACCGCAAGCAGCACGCCCAGGAGGCCAUCGUGUGGCAACAGCCACCACCCACCAGCCCGGAGCCGCCCGAGGACAACGAUGACCGCCAGACAGGCGCAGAGCUCAGGCCGCCGCCCCCGGAGGAGGACAACCCCGAAGUGGUCAGGCCGCACAAUGGCCGAGUAGGGGGCUCCCCAGCGCGGCAUCUGUACUCCAAGCGACUAGACCGGAGUGUCUCCUACCAGCUGAGCCCCCUGGACAGCACCACCCCCCACGCCCUGGUCCACGACAAGGCCCACCACACCCUGGCUGACCUGAAGCGCCAGCGAGCUGCUGCCAAGCUGCAGCGACCCCUGCCUGAGGGGCCCGAGAGCCCUGAGACAGCUGAGCCUGGCCUGCCUGGUGACACGGUGACCCCCCAGCCUGACUGUGGCUUCAGGGCAGGUGGGGACCCACCCCUGCUCAAGCUCACAGCCCCGGCGGUGGAGGCUCCCAUGGAGAGGAGGCCGUGCUGCCUGCUCAUGUGAGGCUGUUGCUCAGCGUGUGGGGGGCCCUGUCCCGGGCACAGCCCAAGGCUGCCUCUCCGUGGUGCGUGCCCUGGUGCUGCGGGUGCAGCACGGAAACCCCGGCUUCUACUGUACAGGACACUGGCCCCUCUCAGGUCAGAAGACAUGCCUGGAGGGACGUCUGGCUGCAAAGAUUAUUUUUAUCCUGCAACUCUUGAUAAAGGGCUGUUUUGCCAUGGA